AUGUCCGUGCUGUUCGUGGAAGAGCGGACAUCUAUUGAGCGGCAGCUGGCGCGAGGCAAGCGGGCAACGAUACACAACGCCAAGGUGAAGGAAACGGGCAUUGGUGAGUUAGCGCCUGAACGGCCCACCGACAUGAGCGAGAAGGCAGCGGCGAAGCGCUAUGCCAUCUUCAAGCAGCACUUUGCCACUCUCACCACCCUCCAGCAGCGCUUUCCUUUCCACCUCAUCAACGCCCAGGACUCCAUCGAGCAGGUCCGAGCGCGCAUCAUCAAGCAAUUCGAGUACCAGAGCUCUCUUGAGCUGGACGAGGAGUCCCCUACUGGCGGGGAGGGCACCGGCAGCAUUCCGUUGGCGUCCAAGAUCAUCGUGCAUGCUCGCCAAAAUCUGGUCAAGCGGCUGGAUGACUAUCAGACCUACGAAUCCCCCCUUUUCCAGAAGGUGAUUGACAUCAUACUGAAGGAGUUUUUGCCCAGCAUUGAGCACCAUGCGAUGUCUGGUUCGGUGCUCAUCCGGUCUGCCGACCCCGUUUUCGAAGAUCAGAAGGCAGUCAACAUGGCUGUUGACAUCCUUUCUGAACGUGGCUAUUCUGUCUCUUUUGACACAAAAGUUGAGGACUCUGACCACUCCUGA